CCCUUCAGUCUUGCACAGGUGUACCAGCUCCUCCCCUUCAGUCUUGCACAGGUGUACCGGCUCCUCCCCUUCAGUCUUGCACAGGUGUACCAGCUCCUCCCCUCCAGUCUUGCACAGGUGUACCGGUUCCUCCCCUUCAGUCUUGCACAGGUGUACCGUCUCCUCCCCUUCAGUGUACCGGCUCCUCCCCUUCAGUCAUGCACAGGUGUACUGGCUCCUCCCCUUCAGUCAUGCACAGGUGUACCAGCUCCUCCCCUUCAGUCUUGCACAGGUGUACCGGCUCCUCCCCUUCAGUCUUGCACAGGUGUACCAGCUCCUCCCCUCCAGUCUGGCACAGGUGUACCAGCUCCUCCCCUUCAGCCAUGCACAGGUGUACCGGCUCCUCCCCUGGACACUGAUAGUUUCUCACAAUGUGCA